AGUCACUGUCGGCUUUUCGCGCAACAAUCAGCGCUGUCAGCUGUUUCCAAACUUGUCGACGUCAAUAUAUUUGUUGUUUUGUUUUGAUCACACCGUAUAUAGCCAUUUUGAUGUAAUCGCAUUCCCGAAAAGAGUGUAAGAAAAUUCUGUACAAUGGAUGCAGCAAUAAACGGAGAACAGUUGACCGCUCAUAAAAUACAAGUGCAAUAAUUGUAAAGUGUGGGAAUCCUUAAGAACUCAAUACGAAGUUUAGACGAUUGGAAACACAGCGGAAGGCACACAAGAAACCGAGUAUAUGCAUGUACCUAUACGUACCUAAUAGUGAAAAUUGCAAAUGCGCAUUUGGAAAGCGCAGGUGAAAAAGACCGAAGUUCUGACAAAAAAUUAUUUAAUUAUUAAAGUAUUGCUUAAUAAAAUAUAGAAACAUCUUUUAAACAUUUAAGAAACUGCAGUGUAUUGUUCUUAAAAAGUAAACUAAGAUUUGGUGCUUAAGAAAAACAGGAAAUUAGCUUUGAAGAAAGUGGGCUGUAUUUAAAAGUGAAGUGUUGUGUAUCUUUUGACCUUGACAUUGAUUGCCCGCAGCCUAUAAUGGCCAAUUGCUUUGUGAUUACGCCUAAAGUGUCGCCGGAUCUAUAUCUCUUCACCGCCAAGUUUUCCAACGUGUCAAAUAUCGUAGCCGCUGCUGCCUCCGAAAUUUUACAAUUUAAGUUGAAGUGCCGCCGGCUCCUGGUGUCCGCAGUGUGCCAACAAUACUCUCGACCCUUCAUCAUACGAUACAGCGACCGUGAACUAGCCGAACACGCCUAAAUUGUAAGCGCAACUUUUGUUCGAGCAUUUCGAACGCCAUAAUUUAAUAUUUAACAAAAAUAAAAGUGUUAAGCAAAACAUUAAUACAAAAUAGUGUGCAAACAACUUUUAUAUUUGUAUUGGUACCCGCAUAAUUUAACAACCUAAUCGACGGUGCGUAAGCAGAUUUUAUCUUUUUCUUAGCGUCCACCGAUAAGAAAUAAUCAUGUCGAAACCGGUGCCAUUACUUGGUGGAGAAGAGGACAAUGUGAGCCGACAACUGUCGACUGUUUCCCCACCGGUAGCGGAAUUGAAUGACAUGAAUUCGCCAUUACAUACGUUUCCUACCGACAUACAUACAGAGCUGGAAGAGUUUCGUGACAAUUGGCAACGUGAACUGAAUAGUCAGAGUGGAACUGUAACACCUAACAGAACCGUUGAGCAAAAGCAAAAGCUGACCAAUAAUGUCACUGAUGUUGAUCAGCAUAAGCUGGCAGAAAAUCUAUUCCGCAGUGCCGUGGAGCUGGAACAGCGAGGCAAGGUUUAUGAUGCUGUGCCACUAUACCGUAAAGCUGUACAAAUCGUGCCGGACAUUGAGUUCAAAUACUAUGAACUUCAGAAGAAAAAGUCAUCAGCCACUUCGAGUAAUUAUUCUGAUGGAAUUCAUUCGUUAGAAUCCGUGCAAGCAAGCAAAGAAAGAGCAGAUGAAAUCGAAGAUAAUGAAGAGAUCAUUGAAGAUUUAUAUGAGAAGUUUCAAUUGGAUUUGGCAAGUGCCGACGGACGUUUACUGCAAAGCAGCCGAGACCCGAGUGUAAUUAGCACGGAAACACAUAUUUCUGAAUUACCGCCGGAAAUAUUGUUGUACAUCUUACGUUGGGUUGUAUCGGCGCAGUUAGAUAUGCUUUCACUGGAGCAAUGCGCUUCUGUGUGCAAGGGACUAUAUUUGUGUGCGCGCGAUGAGGAGCUGUGGCGUUUAGCGUGCGCCAAAGUGUGGGGAGUUAAUCUUGGCUCAUUGGGUGAACCCGGUAGCCGGUCAACUGAACACCUAACAGAGACUACCGACACAACACCCAUUGUGUACGCUUCGUGGCGUCAAAUGUUCAUCAUGCGUGAGCGUAUUAUCUUUAAUGGCUGCUACAUAAGCAAGACAACCUAUUUGCGUAUGGGCGAGAAUAGCUUUCAGGAUCAAUACUAUCGUCCCGUACAGCUGGUGGAAUAUUAUCGUUAUGUACGAUUUUUAGGUGAUGGUCGUGUGCUCAUGAUGACCAGUGCCGAUGAACCAGCACAGGGUGUGAAUAAGCUGAAGAAUGUUAAUCAAUUGCGCCCGGAAGUGCUCUGUGGCCAUUAUCGACUCUAUGGUGACACUAUAACAAUUAUGCUAAGGAAACAACAACAACAGUCACAUAGUAACCACCAUCAAUAUGUGCGUCAACGUCGCGGUAGCAUGGCUAUAUUCAACGAAGAGCCAAAUUGUACAAAAUAUUGUAUUGAAUUUCGUAUAACAAAUACAACAAAGCGCAAAUAUGCACGUCUCCUUUGGGUACACUACUCCGUAGUGCAAACACGUAAUAAAGUUGAGACUUCGUCGGAGUUUGAAUUGACGCAGUCGAAGUAUCCACCGUUAUGGUUCUCGCCGGUUCGUAGCUACCAUUUGGAUACCGAUGCGCCGCUCGCCUAAGAGCGCAGUUAAAAAUCAGUUAUGUUACAUGAAUAAUUAGGCGAUUGGAGAUUUUUCUGCGUACAUACAUACGCAUAGGUAAUAUAUACAAAUCAUAGAAUUACAACAAAAAAAAGGAAACCUGCAUGGGAUGAAACAUGAAUGGUUGCUGUAUACUUACUAAGUAUACAAAUCUAUAUUUACUAUACACACAAACUCUUAUUAUAGAGGCUAGUGCUUAAAGAUUGAUGGCGUGGACUUUUCUAAUAUUAAGUAUGGGGCUCGUAAGUCUGGAUUUUAGUUUCCUGUUGGCUGUUGAAACAAAAUAUUCAAAUAAUAAAAUUAUAUUAUUAUACAUCACCUAAAAUUGCUGUGCUCUAACAACUUUUGGGUUGUGGGAAAUAUGCAUAGAGGCAAAUAUUUGUAAAAAAAAACCAAUAAAAAGCUUAAUACCCUUCACAAAUACAAAAUA